GGCCGGGCGGCCCGAGCCUGCGCCCCCAGCGCUGGGGGUACCGCCAGGCCCCGGGGGGCUUUUAGGGCUGUAAAACACGUGCCGCGGACACAGGGGAGGGACGGCGGGCAAACGGCUUCGGGGCCGGGGUCUUGAGCAGGAUCUGCCCCGUGGAGCUUGCUCUCGCGGCCGUGACGGAGGGCUUCCUGGAGGAGGUGGGGCUGGAUGUGCCCAAGGAUGGAGAGGUUCUGGGCUGACGCGCAGGGGGCUGGAGGGGUCCUCGGAGUGAAGAGGAGGAGCAGAAACGGAUGGGCACUUUCCGGUACGGGAUGAAGGGACUUAACCCGAUGCCAAGAAGAUGGAGGAGGAGGCCAUUACUCCAACAGAUGCUGAAGGCGGGAUAUCCCAGCCACCUGGAAGGCUUCCGGAAGACAGAUGCUGGCCAGGAGAGAGGACCCCUCGCUGGAGAGGCAUUUUAAGGGUCACCGAGAUGCAGUUACCUGUGUGGACUUCAGCCUCAACAUGAAGCAGCUUGCCAGUGGCUCUAUGGACUCAUGCCUCAUGGUCUGGCAUAUGAAGCCCCAGUCACGUGCUUACCGCUUUGUGGGCCACAAAGACGCUGUCACGUGUGUGAACUUCUCCCCUUCGGGACACCUGCUUGCCUCAGGCUCCCGAGACAAGACUGUCCGCAUCUGGAUACCCAACGUCAAAGGCGAGUCAACCGUGUUCCGUGCACACACGGCCACAGUGAGAAGCGUCCAUUUCUGCAGUGAUGGCCAGUCCCUCGUGACAGCAUCUGAUGACAAGACAGUCAAGGUGUGGGCCACUCAUCGCCAGAAAUUCCUGUUUUCCCUGAGCCAGCACAUCAACUGGGUCCGCUGUGCCAAGUUCUCCCCUGACGGGCGGCUCAUUGUGUCUGCCAGCGAUGACAAGACUGUCAAACUGUGGGACAAGGCCAGCCGGGAGUGUGUCCACUCAUACUGCGAGCAUGGCGGCUUUGUCACUUACGUGGACUUCCACCCCAGCGGCACAUGCAUUGCUGCCGCGGGCAUGGACAACACAGUGAAGGUGUGGGAUGUGCGGACGCACCGGCUCUUGCAGCAUUAUCAGUUGCACAGUGCAGCGGUGAAUGCCCUCUCGUUCCACCCGUCUGGAAACUACCUCAUCACGGCCUCCAGUGACUCCACCUUGAAGAUCCUGGACCUCAUGGAGGGCCGGCUGCUCUACACGCUCCACGGGCAUCAGGGUCCAGCCACCACUGUUGCCUUUUCAAGAACAGGGGAGUAUUUUGCUUCUGGAGGCUCUGAUGAGCAGGUGAUGGUUUGGAAGAGUAACUUUGACAUUGACUGUGGAGAAGUCAGGAGAGCACAGAGGCCCCCAGCCGUGCUGGCCGGCCCCUCUGGGAAUCUGCCAGAAGUGGAGUUCCUGCUCCCAGCAGGCAGAGGCAGGAGUCAGGAGUCAGUGCAGAGCCGGCCCCGGGAGCCCGUCAGCACGCCCCAGACACUGACCAGCACGCUGGGGCACAUCGUGGGCCAGCUGGACGUCCUCACUCAGACGGUCUCCAUCCUGGAGCAGCGGUUGUCACUGACAGAAGACAAGCUGAAGCAGUGUCUGGAGAACCAGCAGCUAAUCAUGCAGGGAGCGAGCUCUCCACCCAGCAGAGAGGCCCCCAGGGUGGCCACACAUGCGGAGUGCACCCUGUUUAAUGUGAAGGAACCACCUGGAGAGGUUUGCUGCCUGGGAGUCCUAAGGGGCCCUGGAAUCACAGGGGCCUGCCAGGGGAUAGCCUCAAGCCACCUUGCUUUCCAAAACUCACCUUACCGGAACCUUUCUGCCCUGUGACACCCGCCACAGCUCAGAAGUGCAGUGCUCGUCUGACAAGAGGCCCAGCAUGGGCCCACCCGAGCCGGCCUUCUCCAGAAAUGAGCACCCGGGGGUGGCUCUGGUUGCUCCACAUGUUCCCUGGGGCCUGGUGGCUUCCUCUGCAUGGGCGAGGGCAAAAGAAUCUGAAAUUAAAACAGACUUUAUUGAA